AUGGUCAAUGCUUUGAAGGGCAUUCUAAUUGAGUGCGACAUCCCAAUGAAGCAGUUCAUUGUCAGCAUUAACGACCAGCUGCCAAACGCUCAAAAGUUUAUCAUCUACGACCUGGACGACACGCACCUCUUUGUGCAGCCCCAUGUGGCAGACAUGCUGCAAAACAAAGUGAAGGACUUUUUGGACAAGAUUACAUAUGAGAAACCAGCCUAA